AUGCCUAGUCAAGGCAUGCGAAUUCAACCGGAUUGGGACAAAGCCAUCCUAGAGAAGGAUAGAAGUUUUUGGUUCCAUCUCUACGGCCCUGAUAGGACUCAUCAUCAAAAAGUUGAAAUCAGUGAGGGCGCGCUUACUCCCGAUAUCUCAGAUGUAGAUUGCUGUGUCUCUACGUCGAAAACUAUCCGCUUCAGGGAUAAUGCCAGACGCCUGCAGAGUACAUUCCAGUGUCCAGAUUUUCGAUUCAGCUCUGUCCAUAAACAACCUCGACAGCCUACCCUUCACUUGAAUUCUUUCGAUGUGAAUGCCAGCGGUGAGCUAGCAUUAUCAGCCUCUAGUGACGGAAAUGUUGUCUUAUGGGAAACUAAGACGUCCGAAAUUCGGCGAAAAUUCGUGGGACACGCGAGUGAGGUCUACUGCUGCCGUUUUUUCCCUUCUGGUCUAGUCGUUGUAACAGCCGGCGGGGACAUGCAGUUGCGCGUGUGGUGCGCACUCACUGGCGCUUGUCCCGCCACACUCCGUGCUGGUUUGGGCGGCGUUGACGUUACUUCCGCUAAUCCUCCCACCAACUCGUCCACCGCUACUGUCUACGAGCCGGGUGGACAUAGGGCGGGCGUGAUUGAUGUGGACUUCGUUGAUCGUGGAAGGAAUAUCGUCGCUGUGGAUCGUGGAGGGUGGCUGCGUCUCUGGGAUGUUUCUACUCAGAUUGCCAUCUCAGCAAUGUCCGUAACACCGCGGUCGCCGGGAUCAACGCUUCAGACGAAUUGCUCGAUGGAGGAGGCGCCAACUUGUUGCGUGGUGAAGCGUCGCGUUUCUUCUGAUGAGGCAACUGCAGACGCCACUGUUGAAUCCGCUGAAAACUACUAUGGUCUUGAGAGUACUUCGACACGCGCCACGGCCGUUGGCGUAACAGACAAACUGGUUGCCGUUGGCUGUGGAAGUCACGGACGCCUCCUGCUUUUCGAUAUAUCUUCCGCCCACUCUCGCAAACGCGGACCUACUCUCCAACUCUCUCUGCCUUGUGCUUCUGGUGCUGUAACCGCUUGCGCUGUCUCAAUGGAGACUGGCACUUCAGUGGGUGGCGUUUUCAACGAGUUCGGGUUGGUUGCCGGUGGUUCGAGUGGGGAGAUCACAUGUUGGGACCUCAGAAAUUAUCGUACACCGUUAUUCGCCUACGAGGCCUAUAAGUAUGGCGUUUGUGCUCUGCAAAUGGUCCACUUUCCGGCUCAUUCUGUGGAUAUUGCGGGCGGAGAAAGCCUGUCUGUGCCUGCAUUUACCGGCAUCUUUUCUGCCUUCCGUGAUGGCCGCACAGUUCUGCGUCGGAUGGUCGAGGGUGGCCUUUCUAUUGACAGUGACGGUUAUUCUCGAUGCCUUGAACUGACCGGUCCAGAGGCGGAAGCAAUUUGCGGACUUCGUACACACAACAUUGAAAACGCGUCCGUGUGGACUGGCACCUAUAGCGCACAAUUUUUCGGCUACCGUCGAAUUGCUUUUGAGAGUCUCUUCAAUUUGUAA